AUUUAUAAAAAUAUUGUGGUCGCGUUGAUUGGAUGGUGUAAGGUGUUCUUAAUAUUAAGAAAAAAAUGGGAAACAGUCCACACUAAAGAAAAAUAUAUAACGAAUAAAUUAAAAUUGGCUUAAUAAACGAAAGUUGAGCUACGAAAUGUUAGAAAGAGAAAAACUAAUUUGAUUUUGCAGAUAACAAGAAAGGAUCGCUUUUUAAAAUUGUGUCUCGCUUAAACAGCAUCUUUUGUGAGGGAUGCAUAUAUUUUAUAAUCAAAAAAAAAGAAAUCCCACCCUAUUAACUGUAUGUUUUAAUUGUGUAAAUUACUGCUACACAUUGAGCACAUUGACUGUUGACAUCUCUUGCAUCGUUAGAACGGGCGCUUUGCAUAUAUUUUGUGAUCCUAUUAAAGGAGUGGGUGGAACGACAAAUAAUUUUGUUUAAUAAUGUGCUGUGCUAAGAUUUAUGAGAAUAUGGUGAAAAAUUUGCAGAGAAAAUAAAGGAUAAAAGUUACAAUAAAAGUAAAAUUGUUGUAACAAAAAGUGUAAACGAAACUGUUGUUUUAUGAGAACGUAUGAGUCUUUAAUAGGGAUUUGUAAUAAUUCAUGUUGAUGAUAUCGUUGAUAAGCAAGCACUGUUUAGUACCGUUUCUCUUCACCAGCUUCUUCUUAAACGUUUAAAAAUUUUCGCAAUAAUGCCUCCUGCGAAUUUCCUCUGAUGAAAUUAAUCAGCUAUCUGUUUUUAUUGUGUUUCCUGUUUUCCCAAGUUAAUUUAUUGUUAAUGGCGGCCAUUGACGACAUUGCUUGCGUAAAUAAUCGGUUAACGAAUAAUUGGCAUUAUUGUUAAAUAUUAUCGAUUAAUUGAGCGAAAAGUGAUUUUGUGAGCUAGAAAAAGAUUAACGGCAAUAUAUUGCAAUGCGGUACCAGAAAACUCGUAAAAAACAUCUACAAGAAGCGACGACAACAAUAACAACAACAACAACAACAACAAUCAUUUUACGUGAUACUGAAAUAGAAAGGCGCAAGAUAUCAAAAUCUCGAUGUUAUAAACGCUGUUGUUAAUCGAUAAGCGUGCAAUAAUCAAAUAGAACCAGAAAAUCUGCAAGACUCGCAAAGAAGCCGUACGAUACAUAUUUUAAUCACUUAAUACCUCUAAAUAAAAUACAUACCAUAUAUAUGUUAGCUUAAAGCCAGUAAGUUAAUAAUCAGUUAGUCAAUCAGUUAAUAUUAUUCCAAAGUUUAAGUUAAAAGAUCUUACAAAAUAAAUAAUAAAAUAAAUAUAUAGAGAAGGAGGGAAGAGUAAAUAUAAAACACUAAAUAUCCAAAACUUAGGUCAUGUUCGAGAAACGACCCAUUUGGUGUAUAAUAUUGGGUCUAAAUGUCUGUGUGCUAAUAUGGUUAAUCACGGUACAAGAACCGAUUAUACUUAAUGCCUCAACAGUGUCGAUAAAUACGAUCAAUAGUUAUGGAUCUAAUGAUAGAGAUAACGAUAGCGGCGGUGAAGGGGCUGAUAAAGGAAAUUAUGUCACUAAACAUUUAUUUUUCAAGCGUACAAACUUAAGUAACGAAAGUAACGACGAGAUAGUGUUUUCAAUUCCGACGACAACUUCGCUUAAUCACUCGAACAACAACAAAUUUAGUUUAAGUACAAAAACAAGUUCCAUAUUUAGUAAAAAUAAUUAUGAAAAGAAUAAAAGCAAAUUAAGGAAUACAAUUAAAACAACAACAAAAACAAUAACAACAAAGCCACCAGUAUCAUUAACAUUAUCAUUUGAAAGAAGGAAACGUCUACACAAUUUUGGUGAUACGCUAACUUCAUGGCAUUCAUUUGCACUGCCCGCCGAAGACUUUAACCAAUUGAUUGAUUUAACAGACUUUAAGUACCUAAUGACUCAAUCCGUUUGUGCGAAUUAUAUUGAAGCUUUAAUAUUAGUGCACUCGGCUCCCGCGAAUCAUGGGAAACGCCAACUUAUACGCGAAACCUGGGGCAGUGUAAGUCGCGUCAUUGUUCAUUCUCCUCUAAGGAUUAUAUUUUUACUUGGCGCUGUCGAAAAUUCACAAUUACAGCGGACGCUGACAUCCGAAAAUCAUGAAUACGGUGAUAUGCUGCAGGGCUCUUUCGUCGAUGACUAUCGCAACAUGACUUAUAAACAUAUAAUGGCUUUCAAAUGGUUCAUUUCAAAUUGCGCUCACGCCCAAAUACUGAUUAAAGUUGAUGAUGAUGUCUAUGUUAAUACAUUGCAAUUAUUAAAUUACUUGAAAGUAAGAAACGAAGCUAUAUUAGAUGAUGAUGAACCAUCGGAAUAUCCCACCAACAUUGCAAGAAACUCAAGCUCCACCACCACCACCACCACCACCACCACCCCCGCCACCGCCACCGCCACCGCAACCAGCACUGGCACCACCAUACGCGCAACUUUUAACGAAACAAAUAUUAAAUUAAAAAUGAAUAUCACUAAGCAGAUUUUUAGUGCAUCCCUGGAGCUAUUUCAUCAUCCGCACAAUUUGCUCUUUUGUGAACAAUAUAUUGGUUCACUGGUGAAACGUUCCUAUCGCUCUAAAUGGCGUGUCAGUUUCAAAGAAUACACGGGCCGUUAUUAUCCACCCUAUUGUCCCGGUUAUGCGAUCAUCUAUUCCUCGGAUGUUGUCUUUCGUUUAUAUAGUGCAGCCCAGCAAUAUAAAUACUUUUGGAUUGAUGAUGUUCACAUAACGGGAGUUUUAGCUCAACAAAGCAACCUUACAAUAACCACUUUAUCUCCUUAUGUACUGCGUAGUGAUAAUUAUCAGCAAUUAAUUACGGGAAAGACUGAUCUCAGUGACAUUGAAUUUUUGUUUGCUUGGCAUAGCAUCUCACCGCAAGAAAUUCGAAAUCUCUGGCAUUUGCAAGUCAUAGAAUAUUCAAAAAAGCUUUCACCCACCUCAUCCGUUAUCAAUGAAAAGAUAAUAGACAAUGAUCACUUUGUCUCCAUUUCAAAGGGUUUUAGAUAGUAAACUAAAAGCCAAUAGUCAAACAAACAAAAUAUUCCCAAAGUAAAGUGCAACAA